CCCGCCCACGUCCUCCCGAUUGGCGGGGGCGGGAGAGGCGCGCCCGGUGCGCAGUCGGAGAAGCUGGGGCUGGACGGCUAUCCUGAGCUCUGCCCGGGUUCCUGGUGGCAUUCCCGGAGCUGGACUGCUGCUCCUACCAGCCAGGAGCGUCCGCCGGUUCCAGCUGGCAGACAGUGCGCCUCUCCCUGCAACCCCAGGGGCGUUGGCGGCUGCUCAGAAGCGUGGAUGUGUUUACAAGAUGUGAAUUGUGUUCUCAUCACCUUCACCUUCUGAGGGCUUCUUACGCCUCAUGGUGACAGGUGCAGAUCACCACGCCGAAGGGCAUUAUGAAGCCCGUGAAGAAGAAACCCGAAGAACCUGAGUUGGAGCCUCUAUGCUGCUGCGAGUACAUAGAUCGCAAUGGGGAGAAGAACCACGUGGCUGCCUGUCUGUGCGAUUGCCAGGAUCUGGAUGAAGGGUGUGAGAGGUGGAUUACGUGCAAAUCCCUGCAGCCAGAGACUUGUGAAAGAAUCAUGGACACAGUUUCUGAUCGCCUCCGAAUUCCGUGGCUUCGCGGAGCCAAGAAAGUCAACGUGAGCCUCCUGCCCCCGCUGGUCCUGCUGCCCGUCUUCCUUCAUGUGGCCUCCUGGCACUUCCUCCUGGGUGUGCUGGUGCUCACCUCCCUCCCCGUGCUGGCCCUCUGGUACUACUACCUCACGCACAGGCGCAAAGAACAGACUCUCUUUUUCCUCAGCCUUGGACUGUUCUCGCUGGGCUAUAUGUACUACGUGUUCCUGCAGGAAGUGGUCCCCAAAGGCCGCGUGGGGCCCACCCAGCUGGUCCUUCUCACCUGCGGCUUAUUGCUGAUACUGCUGGCCCUGCACAGAGCCAAGAGGAACCCAGGCUACCUCAGCAGCCCUGCGGGCAGGGACGGGGCGCCUGGCCACGGCAGCCACCCUGAGGGCCUGCCAGGAAAGGGGCAAGAGCUGCCCAAAGGUUUCCCGGGAGCAGAAACUGCAGGAGGCCUCAACAAUCGCACCCUCAAGGAUGACCUUAAGGGCCCCUCCCGGAUGCUGGCUAGGAGCCCCAGCAAGCCGAAUGAGGACUGGUGUGCCAAGUGUCAGCUGGUGCGCCCGGCGCGGGCCUGGCAUUGCCGGAUCUGUGGCAUCUGUGUGAGGAGGAUGGAUCAUCACUGUGUCUGGAUAAAUAGCUGCGUUGGAGAAUCAAAUCAUCAAGCAUUUAUCCUUGCCCUUUUCAUCUUCUUGCUCACCUCGCUGUACGGGAUCACACUGACCCUGGAUACCAUCUGUAGAGACAGAAGUGUCUUCACCGCUCUCUUCUAUUGUCCUGGAGUUUAUGCCGAUUACAGCUCGGCUCUGUCCUUCACCUGCGUGUGGUACUCUGCGAUCAUCACAGCGGGCAUGGCCUACAUCCUCCUGAUCCAGCUGAUCAACAUCAGCUACAACGUGACGGAGAGGGAAGUCCAGCAGGCCCUGCGGCAGAAGACAGGGCGUCGGCUCCUCUGGGGGCUCAUCGUGGACACAGGCCAGUACAACCGGGGCUUCCUGCGGAACUGGCAUCAGUUCUCCAUGCUGGGCACGCGCAUGUUCCCCCACCCUGCUGAGGACAUUGUCUGAAGUGCCUUGUGUUGCGCUGCCCUGAGGGACUGCUCCACCCUCGGUAUCCCUUCCGUUUCACAUGCCCGUGUCCGUGCAGGCUCUUCGUGUGUGUCCCUGCUUUCUCAAAGGUAUCACAGGGCCACGCUCAGGGUUAGAGACUGGACCGGGGAGAAGGGAAUUUUUCUGACUUUACAACUCGAGAGAUUUUUUUUUUUAUAUUGAUGCAGUGUAGAGCCAUUCUUUUCCUGUCACCUUAUCAAAUGGACUCAGUUGCCAAAAGUUGACAAGGAUGUGGAUUGCUAAUGCACACAUGGAUUGAAGCAAUUGCCUUCCAUGAAUGGGGGCAGAGAGUUUUGGAUUAGGGUAGUUUCUAGUCCCUCUUUGAAUCUUAAUAGCCAUGUGACCCUUGGUUGUGUCACUUUCCCAAGUCUCAGGUUCAACUGCAAAGUGGGGUACUCAUGCCUGCCCUGCCUCAUGAAGCCGUUGUGAGGGUCACGUGAG